AUUCCUACUCCCAGUCGCCGCCUGCAUUUGUCUCUCGGUCAGGAACAUGGAGGGGAGACGGCUUUCACGGCGGCAGUUACGCUCGCUACCGGACGCCGCGUCCUUCUCGCCGGAAGUCGCGGCCAGCCCGGGGCUCGUCGGCUCCGGCCAGUUGGGUCUCGGUCUCUCGGCGGCGUUCGAGACUCUGCCGCCGAUUUUGGUAGAAGUGAAUGGCUUUACAAGGACACUGAUUUUGAAUAGGCCAAAGCAGUUAAAUGCACUCUCCUCGACCAUGAUUAUGGGACUCUUGAGGUGUUUCACUGCUUAUGAGAAAGACGAUGGAGUUAAAUUGUUGAUUAUGAAGGGUAAAGGAAGAGCAUUUUGUGCUGGAGGUGAUGUUGCUGCAGUUGUUCGAUCUAUACAUAAAGACAGCUGGAAAUAUGGUGCUGAUUUCUUCCGAAAUGAAUUUUUGUUGAAUUACAUAAUUGCAACUUAUACCAAACCUCAGGUUUCUCUUCUUAGUGGAAUCGUCAUGGGUGGAGGUGCUGGCGUUUCUUUACAUGGAAGGUUUAGAGUUGCCACUGAUAACACGGUUUUUGCAAUGCCAGAAACAGCUCUGGGUCUCUUUCCAGAUAUAGGGGCCUCAUAUUUUCUGUCUCGGCUUCCUGGAUUCUAUGGAGAGUAUGUUGGUCUUGCUGGUGCCAGAUUGGAUGGUGGGGAAAUGCUUGCAUGUGGUCUGGCAACUCAUUUUGUCCAGUCAAAUAGUCUGCUAUCGCUGGAAGAAUCACUUAAAAAGGUGGAUACUUCCAAUGCUUUUGCAGUGUGUGGUAUCAUCGAUCAAUUUGCUCAACAACCAUCACUGAAAGAAAGCAGCUCUUUGAAUAGGUUGGAAAUCAUCAACAAAUGCUUUUCCAAAAGGACAGUCGAAGAAAUUAUAUCCGCUCUUGAAGUAGAGGCCUCAAAUUCGGCAGAUGAAUGGGUUGCUACAACAAUCCAGUCCUUGAAGAAGGCUUCUCCUACCAGUCUGAAAAUCUCUCUGAGAUCGAUAAGAGAAGGGAGGACACAAACUGUUGGGGAGUGCUUGCAGCGGGAAUAUAGAAUGGUCUGCCAUGUCAUGCGUGGUGACUUCAGCAGAGACUUCUUUGAGGGAUGCAGGGCUAUAUUGCUGGAUAAAGACCGAAACCCAAAGUGGAUGCCUCCAAGGUUGGAACAAGUGCAUGACGAGGCUGUUGAACAGUAUUUCUCCAGAAUUGAUGAUCCACAGUGGGAAGACUUGAACCUACCUGCUAGACGCUCCCACGGAAGAAAUAUCGAGUCCAAGCUUUGAUCGAAGGUCAUGGGAGAAAGGUGGAACUCUGGAACGGAGCCUUGGUAGUGGUCAGAAUAACACAUUAUUGCACAUCAUCUCAAGUUUGAAGAGUCUGCAGACUAUUGAUAAAAUAAACAUGAAUGUGCCAUAUAGGUCAACUUAUAUCACAGAAAGAAACUCUUUGCUGUUUAUACGUGGAGACUGGAGUCAUAUGCAUUUUUAAAUAAUUAUAAGUAAUAAAAUCGAAAAAGAAAUCGUUGGAAA